AUGGAUAACUUCAUCAUAAGGAAGCGGCGGAGAACACCACCCACGGCUACCAACACAAGUUUAGGGAAUAUACGCGAUGAUGAGCGUCUUAGUGCCGGCAACCUUGACCAUGAGGAAGACGACUCAACAGAUAUGAAACUGGCUAAGCUGGCGUCUACCUUUCCAAAUAUCUCGCCAGUUGAAUUAUUAGAUCUCCUCAUAGCCAAUGAAGGCUCUAUCGAGACCACUACUUCAUCUCUUAUUGAGCAUGGUAUUGCAAGAAAGAAAAACAAGCAAGUAACCAACUCUGGGUCUAUCCAAAGCUCAUUGUCGUCUUACAGAAUACGGAUGAGCUCUGAUCGAGAAAUUAAUUCCCCUAGCCUUCUUCCAACUCGAAAAGGCCAAACUCUUCAUCUGUACUCCCCUGAUGAUAUAUCACGGUACACAUCCUGUACACUGAUACAUAACUUUCUCCCACCGGCCGAGGCAACAGCUUUAUUGAAGGAGCUUCUAGAAGAGUCACGAACCUUUGCCCGGCAAAAGUUUCAACUAUUUGACAAUGUUGUAUCAAGCCCACACUCUGCUGGGUUUUAUGUUAUGACAGAAGAAGAGCAAAGGGAGCAACAAUCCCAGUACUCAUACUAUGGGAGUCUCAGGAACGAUGUUCGCAAAGUGACACCAGAACUGCGCCGAGUCUCAUCCAUUGUUAAGAAGACAGUGAACCAGGAAAUUAAAAAGCGAGUGAAGACGUUUUAUCCAAGUGGCAAGAAACUGAAAUACCAAUCUCCCAGGGAGUGGGAGCCAAAUGCCGCCUUUGUUAAUUGCUACGACGGCCCCACUGAGAGUGUGGGAUACCACUCUGAUGAAUUAACGUACUUAGGCCCGAGAGCUGUCAUUGGUAGCCUGAGCCUCGGGGUCGCUAGAGAAUUUCGAGUGCGCAGAAUUGUACCCCCUGACGAGGACGACGAUGGAGAUGCUGAUAAAAAUACCAACGGGGAACGUGAUCAGAAUGUUAGCAAAGAGGAAAAACGAAAGUCCAAUCUUUCCCGCUCGGAUAUACAAGGCCAAAUCUCAAUUCAUCUACCACACAACUCUCUUCUAGUGAUGCAUGCCGAAACUCAGGAGGAAUGGAAGCAUAGUAUUUCUCCUGCACAAACUAUUUCACCUCAUCCCAUCUCUGGUAACAAACGCAUCAAUAUCACCUACCGAUGGUAUCGAGACUCACUACAUCCGAAAAAGACUCCACGAUGCCGCUGUAAUAUGCCUUGUGUACUGCGUUGUGUGCAGCGGAAACGGGAAACACGGGGAAAAUAUAUGUGGAUGUGCUAUUCUAGUUACGCGCCGGGGAAGCAAUCAUGUUCUUUCUUCCAGUGGGCAAAAUUUGAUGAUGACGGAGAGCCAAUUUGGGAUGAGAAUAAUGCCAAGGAUUGCUGA